GGAGGACUUCACCCAAACAACUGAUUCAACAUGAAACAAGCAUCGAGCCUCUUUUUGUGUUCACUGGUGCUGCUGCUGAAACUCUGCUGCCACCUGGAAGCAACUCCUGAGGAAGAUGACCAACAAACACUUAAAGACCAGUGUGAAAACUGGAUGAGAGGGCCACCUGGUUACCCAGGCCACAAUGGAGUUCCAGGGAGAGAUGGGAGAGAUGGGAAUGAUGGCCAGAAAGGAGAAAAGGGAGAACAAGGUACACCUGGUCUCAAAGGGGACACUGGAGGUUUAGGAGCUGCUGGUGCUGACGGCCCUCAAGGAGCACCAGGGUUGAAUGGAAUCCCAGGGCUGAAAGGGGAAAAGGGUGAAGGUGGCAGCAUUUACCGAUCUGCGUUUAGUGUUGGUCUAACAACCAGAGUUCCUUUUCCCAAUGUUCCUAUCAAAUUUACAAAGAUCUUCUACAAUGAGCAAAAUCACUAUGAUGUAACAACAGGGAAGUUUCGAUGCAGCAUUCCUGGUGUGUACUAUUUUUCAUACCAUCUCACUGUGUAUGUCUCAGAUGUGAAAGUCAGCUUGUACAAGAAGGACAAGGCAGUCAUCAUUACCUAUGACCAAUAUCAGACAAAUGAUGUGGAUCAGGCAUCUGGUUCUGUUUUGCUCCAUUUGGAAAUUGGAGAUGAAGUUUGGCUUCAAGUAUAUGGAGAAGGGGAAAACAAUGGUAUCUAUGCUGACAAUGUGAAUGAUUCUACUUUCAUGGGAUUCUUGCUCUAUGUGGACUUGGAUUAUGCACACUAGAAUAUGAAGACAAAGGAAAAGAGAUAGCCAAGAAACAUGGUUAUUCCUAGUAGACCACACUUGCAUUGUCAACACAGGAAA